AAGCAGCGGUUUAGAGAAGUCUCAAGUUCACGUGAUACAGAACUACACAACUAAACAAUGUCUUCUAUUUUAUUGACGGCUCUGUUGUUUGUAAAUAUCAUGUUCACCUGUGGGCUUGACAUUUCACUAGAAAGAGAAUAUUAUAUGGAGGGUAAAGAUUUAUUUUGUGGCAAGUUACAUUGUGUGGAGAACACAAGAGAAGAUAAUGAAAUAUCAGCUCUUGUCAACAUGUCAGUCUAUAGGAUCAGUGAAUUAGAGGGGAAAAUUGUGUUGGCGUGUGUAUCAGAAUCAGAAUCAAGAGUUCGAGAUUAUAAAGUAAUUGGAUCAAAAGUUGAAGGAAAGUUUUCAAAAGUGUUUGGAGAAUUGACCGUAUCAUUUACAAAACGUUCUGAUUGUUUUAGUACAGUGUUUGGAUGUGAUGUGUAUUACACAAAUAAAAGGGGUCUCAUUGAGAUGAAAGAAAAUAAAACCAAACCUGUUGACCAAGACAAUUUUAAGCCACUGAUGUUAAUGACCUUAGAGGCUAAAACUCCAGAGUUUGAUAAAACAAUUGAUAGAAUGUCUGAGUUUCUAAAAACAUUUAAAUAUUCUGAUAAGUUAAACAGAGCUGACUUGAAGAUGAAUUUACAGUUUUUAACAGAUGACAAACGUUCUAACCUUAGUUAUCACAAAACAGAAUUAACAAAGGAGAAGGGUGAUGAAACUCUGGUUAACCUUACUAAUGCGAUGGAAAGUAGAUUCAAUAGCUUGUUAUCUGCCCAAGGAUCUACAAUUCAGAGACUUGAAAAUCAAAUGAACAACGUUUAUAACAGAUUGAACACCUUAAAUAACACAAAUCAAGAGCUCACGCAUUUUAAAUACAACUUCACUGAAAGCUAUCUAAAGACAAUUGAACAGAUACAAGCGAACAAUAACACACUUGAAAAACAAAAUAGGUCGGUACAAAAUGUAACAAAUCUAUACAUUGUUUUACAAAAACAACUGGAUAAACUGAAUAAUAGUGUGGUUAAUGUAUCAUUCGAUGUUCAAACUUUGUCUCAAAGGUUAAAUAAAAGUGAAAUUUUAACAAAAACCAUGCAAGUUUUCAAAAAAGAUUUACUAAAUUUAACUAACGAAAUGUUAAAAAAUAGCACAGCGAUAUUGGAACGUCACAAUAUAAGCAUUCAACAACUGGAUGAAAGCAACAAAUUACAGUCAGAGACACAGUUAAAGACACUGAAGGAUUUACAAACAGCUGUAUCACUACUAAACAAAACAGACAUUGAUAUAGACGCCCAUUUGGAGGAGAUAAAAUGUACCAGCAUGAACGAUCGUAUUUUCUCGGACAUGACAGAGGCUGGAGUAGAUGUUAACAGGACAUUGUGUGAUAACAAGACUGACAGUGGAGGAUGGAUUAUUAUACAGAGACGUCUCAAAGGUGAUGUAAACUUUACAAGAACUUGGAACGAUUAUAAAAACGGAUUUGGUUCAACAUCUGGAGACUUUUGGAUCGGAAAUGAUGUAAUUUCAAAGUUGACAGAUUUGGGUUAUAAUGAACUCAGAUUUGACAUGAAGUAUAAAGGUAAAGACUACUACGCUGUGUACAGAGGUUUUAAGGUAGAAAAUGAAGCAGCAAAGUAUAAGAUGAGCUACACGUCAUUCAGUGGUGGGAAUGGUGGAGACUACUUUAGUCGUCACAAGGGCAUGAAGUUUACAACCAUUGACUCUGAAAACGAUGUGUGGUCACGUGGCAACUGUGCUGUAGACAUGAGUAGAGGUGGUUGGUGGUAUGAGGCUUGUCACUGGGUUAACGUCAACGGUGAAUGGGCGAGUCGUGUUGUUGAUAAAGGAAUUCAUUGGGCUGGCAUUACAGGCUGGUCUGACUCUCUAGACUUUGUUGAGAUGAAACUUCGUCAAAUGUAAACAACCCGAAAACAAUGCUAUGGUAAAAUAAUAGAUAUACAGUAGACAAAUUAUUUAUAUAAACAUCAGAAACAUUUCAUGUAUUAAAAUAAAUAGAUGUAAACAUUUCACUAAGGAAAUAUUUUCUUGAUGGUGAGUAUACAUAAGAAGUUUAAAAUUAACGAACAUUAAACCAAACAUUUUAUUUAAAAAAUGAUUUUAAAAACUACAACAGAGUUUGUUUUACUAUCAUGAUGUAAUAAAGCCAUGUAUACGCUCAUCUGGAAUUGAAAUUCCUCAUAGAUUGACUGUGUGUGUGUUAGCCAUUAAAACAGGUAAAAAACGACUAUGAUGGUGUCAUUUAUUUCUUGCAUAUUCAUAACUAGACUAGUAGUGUAGUUGUCAUCUACCACUAUAUCUUUAAUUAGACAUUCACUCGGAUCGUGUGAAGUUUAACUCUAAUAACGUGUGUAAUGUUUGUGCAAUUUUUUCAAUAAUAUUUUUUCGCAUAGUUUUUUGAAAGAUGUAUAUAUGCCACCUAACAUCGCAUAAAGUAGAAAGUAACUGUUAAUUUGGGAUAUGUAAGGCUUUGUAUUAUAAAUGUGAACAUUUAAGUAAAUCCUAUGUUUAAGUAGUUAAUAUUUUAUCUAGUGUAUCUAUUAUUGAGCAUGUUUGUUUAUGAAGAAAGUCUCCUAUCACAUAUAAGUACAUAUUAGUACAAAAUAAAAGUUUUAAUUCUGAAUAUGUUUGUAUUACUGAGAUUGGAAUAUUCUUUUAUUAUCGUUUUCAAGGUAUAUAACCAUACUCUCACAAAUCAAGUGGGUAAUUUUAAUUGUUAUCUCCCGUGAACAAUUUAGUGUCGUUUGUGUUCCAUACCAUAGGCUAGAGAAAUUUCCAAUUACCUAAUUUUAUAAUUGUAUUUGAUUAGUAUGUUUACAUGGACACAAUUAAUGGAAAGCAAUUAUAUGCAUUUAUAUACAUCUUUAUUAUAUCGCUCACUUAAUUUUAAUAUCAAGCCUUCCUUUUGUAGUUUAGGAAAUUGUUUGUUUUAUAUAUUUACUAAUAAAUCCAUUUAUAUAACUUA